GGCCUGUCAGGGUAGUAGGCGCUGCGUGAGGUGGGUAAAUGUUCGCGGAAGCGGCAAAGAAGACACGGCCUUGUGGGAUGGCGGAGUUUAAGGAGAAGCCUGAGGCCCCGACUGAGCAGCUGGAUGUCGCGUGCGGCCAGGAAAACUUGCCGGUGGGCGCGUGGCCCCCGGGGGCCACGCCGGCGCCCUUCCAGUACACUCCCGAUCAUGUAGUUGGACCUGGAGCAGACAUUGAUCCCACUCAAAUAACCUUUCCCGGAUGCAUUUGUGUCAAAACUCCCUGCCUCCCUGGCACUUGCUCCUGUCUCCGCCAUGGAGAGAACUAUGAUGAUAACUCAUGCUUUAGAGAUAUAGGAUCUGGAGAAAAGUAUGCAGAGCCUGUUUUUGAAUGCAAUGUCCUGUGCCGAUGCAGUGACCACUGCAGAAACAGAGUGGUCCAGAAAGGUCUACAGUUCCACUUCCAAGUGUUCAAGACGCAUAAAAAAGGCUGGGGACUUCGUACCUUGGAAUUUAUACCGAAAGGAAGGUUUGUCUGUGAAUAUGCUGGCGAGGUUUUAGGAUUCUCUGAAGUUCAGAGAAGAAUUCACUUACAAACAAAAUCCGACUCCAAUUACAUUAUAGCCAUCAGAGAACAUGUUUAUAAUGGGCAGGUAAUGGAAACAUUUGUUGACCCUACUUAUAUAGGAAAUAUUGGAAGAUUCCUUAAUCAUUCUUGUGAGCCAAACCUUUUGAUGAUUCCUGUCCGAAUUGACUCAAUGGUACCUAAGUUGGCACUUUUUGCAGCCAAAGACAUUGUGCCAGAAGAAGAACUCUCUUAUGAUUAUUCAGGAAGAUAUCUUAAUCUAACAGGCAGUGAAGACAAAGAAAGGCUAGAUAAUGGGAAACUAAGAAAACCUUGUUACUGUGGUGCCAAAUCAUGUACUGCUUUCCUGCCUUUUGACAGUUCUCUAUACUGCCCCUUAGAAAAGUCGAACAUCAGUUGUGGAAAUGAGAAGGAACCCAGCAUGUGUGGCUCAGCCCCUUCUGUGUUCCCCUCCUGCAAGCGAUUGACCCUUGAGACUAUGAAAAUGAUGUUAGACAAAAAGCAAAUUCGAGCAAUUUUCUUAUUCGAGUUCAAAAUGGGUCGUAAAGCAGCAGAGACAACUCGCAACAUCAACAAUGCAUUUGGCCCAGGAACUGCUAACGAACGUACAGUGCAGUGGUGGUUCAAGAAGUUUUGCAAAGGAGAUGAGAGCCUUGAAGAUGAGGAGCGUAGUGGCCGGCCAUCAGAAGUUGACAAUGACCAGUUGAGAGCAAUCAUCGAAGCUGAUCCCCUUACAACUACACGAGAAGUUGCUGAAGAACUCAAUGUCAACCAUUCUACGGUUGUUCGGCAUUUGAAGCAAAUUGGAAAGGUGAAAAAGCUUGAUAAGUGGGUGCCUCAUGAACUGACUGAAAAUCAAAAAAAUCGUCGUUUUGAAGUGUCAUCUUCUCUUAUUCUACGCAACCACAAUGAACCAUUUCUCGAUCGGAUUGUGACGUGUGAUGAAAAGUGGAUUUUAUAUGACAACCGGCGACGAUCAGCUCAGUGGUUGGAUAAAGAAGAAGCUCCAAAGCACUUCCCAAAGCCAAUCUUGCACCCGAAAAAGGUCAUGAUCACUAUUUGGUGGUCUGCUGCUGGUCUGAUCCACUACAGCUUUCUGAAUCCUGGUGAAACCAUUACAUCUGAGAAGUAUGCUCAGGAAAUUGAUGAGAUGCACCAAAAACUGCAACGCCUGCAGCUGGCAUUGGUCAGCAGAAAGGGCCCAAUUCUUCUCCACGACAAUGCCCGACCGCAUGUUGCACAACCCACCCUUCAAAAGUUGAAUGAAUUGGGCUAUGAAGUUUUGCCUCAUCCACCAUAUUCACCUGACCUCUUGCCAACCAACUACCACGUCUUCAAGCAUCUCAACAACUUUUUGCAGGGAAAACGCUUCCACAACCAGCAGGAUGCAGAAAAUGCUUUCCAAGAGUUCAUUGAAUCGCGAAGCACGGAUUUUUAUGCUACAGGAAUAAACCAACUUAUUUGUCGUUGGCAAAAAUGUGUUGAUUGUAAUGGUUCCUAUUUUGAUUAAUAAAAAUGUGUCGAGCCUAGUUAUAAUGAUUUAAAAUUCACGGACCAAAACCGCAGUUAGUUUUGCAUCAACCCAAUAUCUUCAUAGAUAGAAACAGAAAUUAAAAUUGCAUUUGAAGUAGAUUCCACGGACUUAUAUUAAGAAUGUAGAAAGGUGGCCUGGCAUGGUGGCUUACAACUGUAAUCCGAGCACUUUGGGAGGCUCAGGCGGGCAGAUCACUUGAGUCCAAUAGUUCAGGACCAGCCUGGGCAACAUAGUGAGACCCUGACUCUAAUAAAAUAAUUUUUUUAAAAAAGAGUAGAAAUAUGUACCUUGAAAAACAUUUUGGCCCAAGAAUAAUAACAAUCACACUUGAAGAACAAAGCUUUUCUUUAAAAAAAAUUUUCUUUAAUUUUCAAAUUACUAUUCACAAAAUAGCAGUGGCUGUUAGAUUUUGUUCUUGGCCAAAUGGAAAAUUUUGCCCUAAUUAAAAUGUAGUCACUCUCCAGUGUGCUACCAUUGAACAAAUCACUGAACCUUUCCAAGUCAAAGUUUCCUUAGUUGGGAAGAUUGAGUUAACACAUGCAAAGGGGUUAGAACAAUGCCUGAGUAUAUAGAAAGUAUUCAAUAAAUGUAAAUUAUUAGUCUUGAGAACUGUCUGUAGCAUGUGACCCAAAGUUCUCCCUUCUAUUCAGGUGUAAUUAGGAUAUAAUGUCCUUCAGUGGCAGACUUAAAGGGGGAAAAAGUCACAAAGAGGUGACCAGAAGGGUUAGAGCUGAGCAAGAGAGGUUCCUGCCCUGAGCCCUGCAUUUUAGAGUGCCUAGGGUUACAUACGUAUGCACACACACGAAUUAAAGAAGACAUGGAUACCAUAACCAGACACAUGAGUUAAAGAAGACAUGGAUACAGUAACCAGACAAAGACAUUACUAGGAAAGAAAACUAAUACCAAUAUCGCUUUUGAAUAUAGAGGCAAAAAAAAA